AUGGCUUCCAAGCGAUGGCUGACUGAGGAUAAUAUAACACAACUGUUAAUGGAUGAGGAAGAUCCCAGUGCGUUAGAGGAGUCAUCGAACAGCGAAACAGAAGAUAAUUUAGAGGUGGAUGAUGCAGAAAGUGACGCUCAAGAUGAGGUUUCCGACCAUGAAAAUAUUUCUUCGCUUGAUCUGAACGACAAUGUACCGGAGCCAGAAAUUCCUUCAACUCUAUCUGAAGAAGGUUCAGGUAAUAAUUCAGCUAUCUUGACCUUACCCCAACAAAAUAUUCGAAGUCAGUCCCGUCAUGUUUGGACUACGAGCAAAGGUCGUACUUCGAGUAGAGCAGCUGCAAUAAAUAUAGUGCGUGUUGCCAGAGGACCUACUCGUGGUCUAAGGGGUAUAGAGGAUCCUCUGCUGUUAUUUGAACAUUUUAUAACUAAUCAGAUGCAAGAAGAUAUUGUAAAAUGGACAAACGCUGAAAUUACAAUAAAAAGGCAAAACUAUGAACAAAAUACAUCAACUCAGAAUGAGACAACCAAAGAAGAGAUUAGAGCUCUCAUAGGUAUUCUAGUCUUAUCUGCAGCUCUCAAAGACAAUCAUCUGUCUCUUGAUGAAUUAUUCAACACCGAGUAUUCUGGCUCAAGAUAUGUGUCAUGCAUGAGUAAAGAAAGAUGCGAUUUCCUCCUACGAUGUCUGCGUUUCGAUGACAAGACAUUCCGCUUGCAACGACAAAAGGACGAUCCCUUUACACCUAUACGAGACCUAUGGGAGAUGCUUAUGGUUCAAUGCCGCCAAAAUUAUGUGCCUGGAACAAAUGUCACCAUUGAUGAGCAGCUAUUGGCUUUCCGUGGCAGAUGUAAGUUUAGAAUGUAUAUUCCGAAUAAACCUGCGAAAUAUGGGGUCAAGUUAGAAAUGCUAUGUGAUAGCGGCACAAGGUAUAUGAUUGAUAGUACACCAUAUCUCGGGAAAGGAACCAAUACUAGAGGUGUGCCAUUGGGGGAGUAUUUUGUAAAAGAACUUACUCGCAGUAUUCAUGGUACAAACCGGAAUGUAACCAUGGAUAACUGGUUCACAUCAGUACCAUUGGCGAAGCAGUUACUCCAGCAACCUUAUAAAAUGACGCUUGUAGGUACUUUACGAGCCAAUAAAAAGGAAAUCCCUGAAGAAAUGAAGAACUAUCGAUCAAGAGCCGUCAAUACGUCGAUGUUCUGUUACGAUGGUCCCCUAACGCUUCUUUCUUACAAGGUAAAACCAUCAAAAAUGGUUUACUUACUUUCUUCGUGUGACGAGGACGGCACAGUUGACCCCCACACAAAGAAACCUCACAUGGUUCAAUUUUAUAAUAGUACAAAAGGUGGCGUGGAUACGUUUGACCAAAUGUGUUCAGUAAUGUCUUGCAGCAGAAAAACUAGUCGGUGGCCACUCUGUGUUUUCUACGGUAUGUUGAACAUAUCAUGUAUUAACAGCUAUAUAAUUUACUGCCAUAAUACUUGUGUAAUAGGACAAAAAGUCAUUACUCGACGUGAUUUUAUGAAGAAGCUGCAUAUGCAACUGGUAGAAUCGUGGCUCAAAACCCGUCUGGAAAUUCGUACUAUGCCAAGACACGUGAAGGAUAAGAUAAAAAAUGUGUUAGGAGUGUCCAUCGAGGAAGGUCAAGGUCAGCCAUCAUCAUCUAACAAUGAUCUUCAGCCACUCGAGGCUGUGAACAGAAAAAGAAAGAUUUGUGGCCUAUGUUCAUACAAAAAAAGGCGCAUGACAAAAUGUUACUGCUCAAAAUGCAAUACCGCAAUUUGUGGUGAACAUAAAGUUGAUUUUUGUGUACAGUGCGCUUCAAAAUAA